AUGUCGACCAACUAUGGCCAACCUCGUGUACCCGGAGAACCAACUGACACAGCCACCUCCGUCCUUGAAACCGUGAAAUCUACUGUCCAGAGUUUCGGUCCCAUCAACAAAAUCCACCAACAUCUUUGCGCGUUUCAUUUCUACUCGCACGACAUGACACGGCAAGUGGAGGCGCACCACUACUGCGGCCACCAAAACGAGGAAAUGAGGCAGUGUCUUAUCUACGACAGCCCCGAAAAGAAUGCGAGGCUUAUAGGGCUUGAAUACGUCAUCUCUGAGAAUCUCUUCUUGACUCUUCCUGACGAGGAGAAGCGUCUCUGGCACUCUCAUUUCUAUGAGGUCAAAAGUGGUUACUUCUUCAUGCCAAAUGUGCCUUCUCCCAUUGAACACAAAGACAUGGAGAAAAUUUGCAAGACUUAUGGUAAAGUCUUUCAUUUCUGGCAAGUUGAUAGAGGUGAUCAACUUCCACUUGGGAUACCUCAACUCAUGAUGGCCCUCACUAGAGAUGGACAAGUAUAUGAUCAUCUUGUUCAAGGCUGUGCAGAGCGUAUGGGGAUAGACUUUGAGAAGGAGAGAAAGAGUAGGGAGUAUAUGACUGGGCCAACACAUGGGGUUCAUCCAUUGGCUAAUGGUGGAGGUAAGGGUCUUGUGACAAGAGUUAGGGAGGUUGAGCUUAAGAGUGAUUCAACUACCCCUAGCCCUUAUGCCAUCAGGGCCUCUGUUUGA